AUUAAUUUUUAAGGAAAUUUUGAUAAAAAGAAGAGAAGUUGGGUGUUCUUUUUCCCCCAAAUUCUUCCAUAAUUCUAAUCGAUAUUUUGGUGAAGCAUCCAGCAAUGGUAGCUGAAAACAAACUUUUUUCUUCGCCGAAAAUGGUAACUAGAACGGUGGAUCUCCGAUCAGAUACGGUCACUAAACCAUGCGAAACAAUGCGGGCUGCAAUGGCGUCGGCUGAAGUUGAUGAUGAUGUACUCGGGGCCGACCCAACGGCAUUCCGCUUAGAGUCGGAAAUGGCAAAGGUCAUGGGGAAGGAAGCGGCACUUUUUGUUCCGUCAGGCACAAUGGGAAACCUCAUCAGUGUACUUGUGCACUGUGACAUCCGAGGAAGCGAAGUCAUUCUCGGACACAAUUCUCACAUUCACAUUUACGAGAAUGGAGGCAUCGCCACAAUCGGAGGUGUGCACCCGAGAACGGUUAGAAACAACAAAGACGGAACCAUGGAUCUUGAUGCGAUCGAAGCCUCCAUCAGAGAUCCGAGAGGGGAGCUUGUGUAUCCGACGACAAGGCUUAUUUGCUUGGAAAAUUCGCAGGCAAACUGCGGUGGUAGAUGCCUUACUGUAGAGUACACAGACAAAGUGGGAGAAAUAGCCAAGAAACAUGGUUUGAAGCUCCACAUUGACGGGGCUCGAAUUUUCAAUGCAGCAAUUGCACUCGGUGUUCCUGUUGAUAGGCUUGUGCAGGCUGCUGAUUCAGUUUCGGUUUGUCUGUCAAAAGGUAUUGGUGCUCCUGUUGGAUCUGUCAUUGUUGGUUCGAAAAGCUUUAUUGCUAAGGCUCAAGAAACCUUAGGCGGCGGAAUGAGACAGGUUGGUAUCCUUUGUGCUGCUGCUUUGGUCGGUUUACAUGACAAUGUUGCGAAGCUUGAGACCGAUCACAAGCGAGCUAAGAUUUUAGCAGAGGGACUAAAUCAAAUCAAAGGACUGAGUGUAGAUGUCGCUUCGGUUGAGACCAACAUUUUAUACAUACACGUCGAAGAGGGCUCAAAUGUUACUACCGAAAAACUAGUCAAGAACUUGGAAGAACACGGUGUACUCAUGAUGCAAGAGAGCUCGUCAAGCAUUAGGAUAGUUAUCCACCACCAAAUCUCUGCAAGUGAUGUGCAAUACACUCUAUCCUGCUUUCAGAAAGCUCUGACUGGUGGAGUCCUUGAAGAAAAUGGAAACUAAUCGGAGACGCCCCAUCUGCUUCGUUGAAGAUGUUUAAAGCGUCGAGGGGCAGCAAUAAUUCCUUCUUCCCAAACCUGCUGGAGACUUCUGUGCUUGUUUCAUUUACAAGGUUUUAUGGAGGGAGACUUUAUCAAUUUAAUGUUUUUUUCUUCUUCUUCUUCGGGUUUUUAAGGAAAACAUCAUGGGGAAUGCUAGCUAGCUCUCUGUUCUUCCGUAUUAUUCCCUUACCACCUAUCAACGUUUUAAAUCGCAAUACCUUAUCGCGUUGCAGAUUAUAUACGCUGUGCUAUAGCUUAAGCAUCAA